GGAAUUUCAGAAUGUCAUAUUGUUCAUGUCACUAGCAUUUUCUAACUUUCAGGAUACCCAUAGCAUUGGAUGUGGUGCUCUACAAGAGAAGACCUCUCCUUUUCAUCUGAUCAGCUUUGUCGUCGUUUCGGUUCCACUGGUGGCCAUUGACUCAGUCUACUAUGGAAGACCAGUCUUAGCUCCUCUCAACAUUGUACUGUACAACGUCUUUGGGAAAGGAGGACCCAAUCUCUACGGUGUGGAGCCAUUGAGCUACUAUCUUAUCAAUGGAGUACUGAACUUCAAUGUUGUCUUCAUCCUGGCCCUCCUUGCCCCACUAGCUGUAGAAUUCCAGGUGUAGUUGGCAUACAUAUGUAUAACUUAGUUUUGAGGACAUGGCAGUAAACAUGAAGCAGGUGGCCAUUGACUCAGUCUACUAUGGAAGACCAGUCUUAGCUCCUUUCAUUCCAGUCCCAGGUGCAGGAAUAUUUAUCCGUAGCCGUGACUACAGGAAGGUGGUCCAACCGAUGAUCAUCUGGAUGCUCAUCUUUUUCACCAGACCUCACAAGGAGGAGAGGUUUUUGUUUCCAAUCUACCCGCUGUUCUGUCUGUCUGCAGUCGUCACUCUUCAUCUGCUGCCUGAGAUACUUACAGUGGUUCUGGGUGUGGCUAGAAUGCCAAGACUGCUGCGACGUUUCUUCAUCUCCCACCUC